UUCUAAAUCAAAUGGCAUGCUUUCAUGUCUAAACUGACAUUUUUGCUAGAAAAAUAUAAGAAAACAAUUCGAUAUUAUGAUUAACGACGUAAAUAAUUUAGGUUCUAUUAUUGAAAUAAAUGCAGAAGAGCGAGACCUCAGACUAGUUGGUUUACCAAACGAGGAGAAUGAAUUUGUCUAUGCCAAGACUUUCUUGCAAAAAAGUAGCACUGACACUGGAGCAAAUUUAUAUGACCAUUUAUCAGAAGUUCUGAAUAAAAUUUUAUCGGAACGGCCGGAAAAUGUCGUGGACUUUUUCGAAGAAUACAGUCGCAAAAUCAAAGAGAAGCGAUUCAAACCACUCACCGACCACCUGGAAGACAUUUACGUCGAACCUGGACGUUAUCGCCAGGCUAACAGAUUGAUGCCUUUACUCAAACCUCUCCCACCCGAAGAACCCUCAACCCUCGACCCGGAAGACCUCGAACGCGCCGACAUGACCAAAAACAACAUGCUGGACCUUUUAUCUUACUUCGAACUUGCCGGUCUUGGGCUUCCCCGGACCGAAAUGUUCUGCCUGACCAUGUCCAUGAGACAACUGAUUCGAGUCGAGCCGAUUGCCAAAAUACGUUUCUGGGGCAAAAUUUUCGGAAUGAACAAGAACUACAUCAUUGUCGAGACGGAACUGAAGGAUGAGGAGUAUUCCAAGAGGAAUGAAAACUACAAUCCGUUGCCAGAUAGCAAAAUCGAGGACAUAGUCGGCGACCAGUUGGAAACUAUAACCAAAGCGCAGCUUGCUGGAGAAGGCGAACCCCCGAAGCUGUGGGAGGUGUUGCCUCCAGUCCCCCAGACUCAGUACGAGGAGCCCCCGGAACCACCGAGUGAACCUUCCGGUGUUGGAGCCAACAAAAACAUUUAUUACGUUUGUAACGAAACUGGGGAGCCUUGGGUGCAACUCCCGGACGUGACGCCAAAGCAAAUUCGAGUGGCUCGGCAAAUUUAUAAGACUUUUACCGGGGAUUUGGACCAACCUAUUGUGUCAUACCCGUUUUUCCCGGGUUCUGAACGGAAUUUAUUAAGGGCACAAAUCGCAAGGAUUUCUGCGGGGACUCAUAUUUCGCCUUUGGGAUUUUAUACAUUCGGUGGCGAAGGAAUGGGUGAAGGUGGGGAAGCAGAUGAAGAAGAAGAGGAAGGAAAUAAAGGCGAAAUCAAAGAAAAUCCCAAAUACGAUCCAGUGCCUAUCAAAGAUCUAACUGAUAGAUCUAUGAUGUUUUGGGUCCAUCAUAACCACCACAUUUUAAACCAAGGUCGUACGACUUGGUGGAACCCGAACCCUUUGCCGGAAACCGGUCUCGAUGAAGAACUGGGUGAAGAAGAGGAAGAAGCUAAACCUGUAGUGAUGGGUCCGGAGCCGGAAACAGGCCCCCCACUGCUAACCCCGUGUUCUGAGGACGUAACUUUGGACGCAAUCCCUGCCUGGUCCGUCCGAAGUUCCUCUGGAGUUGCAGAAGAGUUUGCUGUUGCCAUAGUCCGGUCAAACUUUUGGCCUGGGGCUUACUCGUUUGCCACGCAAGGCAAAAUGUUUCAUAAUGUCUAUUUUGGUUCCGGACUUAAGACCAUGGUCCCGAAUUUCUCACCCAUGCCCCUGCCACCGGUCGAGCAAGACUACCCCAUGGGACCGGAGAUAAUGGAAAUUGUGGACCCGACUGGAGCUGAAGAGGAAGCUUGGAGAAUCGCGCAUUUGCCGAAGGAAAAACCGCCGAAAUUGGUCGGUGAGGAGGAGAUGCCAGAGGAGGAGGAAGAAGAGGAGGAUGAAGAUGAAGACGAAGACGAAUAAUUAAAGUUAUAUUAAACUUUGAAAUUUUAAAAAUAUAAAUUACUUCCGAAGA